GAAUGAAAUCUACAUCGCUCCUUCAGGAGUCCAAAAGGAAAGAAUACAGCCAGAAGAUAUGUUUGUUUGUGACAUGAAUGAAAAGGACAUCAGUGGUCCUCCACUGCACAAGAACCUAAGGAAAAGCCAGUGCACACCUCUGUUUAUGAAUGCCUACACUAUGAGAGGUGCAGGUGCAGUGAUCCAUACUCAUUCCAAGGCUGCUGUUCUGGCUACUCUUCUUUACCCAGGGACUGAAUUCCGUAUUACCCACCAGGAGAUGAUAAAAGGAAUCCAGAAGUGUACAUCAGGAGGCCAUUACAGGUACUCCUCUAUAUUUAAGACAAGGAGCAUGAU